CGCGCCGCCGCUCUCUCCACAAACCCUAGCUUCCCAUCCCUCCCCUCCGCCGCCGCCGCGCAACACCACAACCACCAUGUCGGCCGUGCUGACCCGCCCGGCGCCGGGCACGGUGCAGUGCUUCGGGCGGAAGAAGACGGCGGUCGCCGUGGCCUACUGCAAGCCUGGCCGCGGCCUGAUCAAGGUGAACGGCGCCCCGAUCGAGCUUAUCCGCCCGGAGAUGCUCCGCCUCAAGGCUUUCGAGCCGAUCCUGCUGGCCGGCCGGUCUCGGUUCAAGGACAUCGACAUGCGGAUCCGCGUCCGCGGCGGCGGGAAGACGUCGCAGAUCUACGCCAUCCGCCAGGCCAUCGCCAAGGGGCUCGUCGCCUACUUCCAGAAGUACGUCGACGAGGCCGCCAAGAAGGAGGUCAAGGAGAUCUUCGGCCGCUACGACCGCACCCUCCUCGUCGCCGACCCCCGCCGCUGCGAGCCCAAGAAGUUCGGCGGUCGCGGCGCCCGUGCCAGGUUCCAGAAGUCGUACCGUUGAAGAAGAAGAAGAUGCCCCUGCGCUCCCUCCGGCGGACGGCGCGCCUCUUGGGCUGUCUCAUCUAUCUCUUUACUGCUUUUUAUAUGCCUAGUGUUUUUUGCAUUAUGUUGGAACAAUGAAAUGGGUGAUGGUGAUCUUUUGCUUCCUGCCUAGAUGGAAGGACCAUGUUAUGUUAAGAUUAUGUUAAAUGAUGAUGCUAGUUGAGAACUUAAUUAUCCUGUUGAGUUUCCUUGAA